GCUUCGCGGAAGCGGGCGCUGAGCUCUGCCUGCCUCGCCUUCUCCCCCUGCGAGAGUUAGGGCGGUGGGUGCGUGCGCGGGAGGGUUGGCAGGUUUAGUGCUGUGCCACAGGACGGGCAAAAGUACCCCGGGUAACCCAGGGCACGUACGUUAAAGAACCCUCUAUAGGUGUGACGUGUAUGUUGUAUCUUUUUGAGAACCCGUUUCUUUUCUUCCUGAGCUUUCUGAAAGAGAGUAAGAUCGGGGAAGAGCGAUGCUAACUGUUCACAAAGGGCUGCCAAAUGUCCAAAAUAAACAGGCAGAAAAAAUAACAUAUCUGUGUCUUCGUUAGCUGCCUCCCCUGACAGCAAUCUUAGCUCCUACUUCUGUGCUGAAGACACAACAUCUACAGGCUAAAUGUCUUUCCCCUGUAGCUGGGUGAGCAUUUACACCAGUAAGGCUUAAUUCUGCCAUUGUUGUAACAACGAUCCCGGCGGUAACUAUUUUUUUAGUAUGGAGAGUACAUGACUGAAAGAGCUGCAGUCAGGAUCUUGCUCCUGCAUGCAAUCCUUCUAAUAACUAGGAUAGUGGCCGGCUUGAUUUUAACGAAGGUUUGUUUCUGCACUGUGGUACCCAACAGACUUUUGCUAUUAAUUUCAGUAGGCACACAAUCAGUGUCUUAGGAAAGCACCUGGUAAAGUUAUAAUUAUUCAUUAGACAACCUUUGUAAGUAGCUUCAAAGGCCAGACAAAAAUCCCAGCUUUUCAAGAGCAAUUUUACUAUCAAAAUUGUGCUGCUAGCAGUAGAGAUGAAUAAUGUAUGUAGGUAAUACAGGGCAAUAACAAUGGCAUAAAAUUUAACAAAGAAAAACUUAGACUGAGUAGCAGCAGAUUGUUUUCAGUAUGAAUGCAGAAGUCGUUUAAGGGAGAUGACAGAAUCUCUCUCAUUUAGAUAAUUUAAAACUUGAGCGGCCAAAGCACGGAGCAUGUUCUCUAAUCCUGCCCUGACACAUCAGUCCUGCAGAAGCAAACAUCUUCACUGGAAAUUCUGAUAAACCUGAACACAAACACUGGGCAGAGAGGAAGAGAGCUGCACAUCUGCAGAAGUUGUUGCUGCUGUUGAUGUGAACACUCUUGCCAAUGAAGUUUAUAAGCACAACUUUCCCAGCACACCAUUAUGGGCAAAGACAAUUGAGACUUGGCCUGCAAGGUGAUGUAUCUGAUCCACGGACAAAGAGCUUUCUCUAUAUCCUUGAUAUUCUUCCAAGGCUUCAGAAGCUUCCAAAAUACCUACUUUUAGAAAAUGUUAAAGGAUUUGAAUCCUCUUCUGCGAGAAGUGAACUCCUGCGAACGCUAGCAACAUGUGGAUUUAAAUAUCAAGAAUUUCUCUUGUCUCCAACCUGUGCUUGUGGAUUUUGCUUACAGCUUGGCAUUCCCAAUUCUAGGCUGCGAUAUUUUCUAAUUGCAAAGCUUCACCAAGAACCAUUUUCCUUUCAAGCUCCUGGUCAGGUAUUGACAAGUUUUCCAGAUCAGGAUCUAGAAGACUUAUUCAAGGACAAAGUCAUUGACAAAGUGGGUGAAGCUAGUUCUUCCUUGUCUUCUGAAGAGAAGAAUCUGGAUCCAGACAUUGGUCCUGAUUGCAGCAGCAAGAAGAGUUUACCGAAAGGGGCCUUUCUUUUUAAGCUUGAAACAGUAAAAGAAAUGGAAAGGAAACAUGAUCAGGACAAUGAUUCUUCUAUUCAAAUGCUAAAAGACUUCUUGGAAGAGGAAAAUGAAGAAAUGAGUCGGUAUUUCUUACCACUGAACUCCUUAUUGCGCUAUGCUUUCUUGUUAGACAUCGUUAAACCCACCUGUCGGAGAUCCACAUGCUUUACAAAAGGGUAUGGACACUAUGUGGAAGGGACAGGCUCAGUUCUGCAGACAGCAGUAGAUGUACAGCUUGAAUCAGUGUUUAAACACAUUGAGGACUUACCAGAAGAAGAGAAGCUUAUGAAGUUGUCAACACUAAAACUGAGGUACUUUACACCAAGAGAAAUAGCAAAUCUUCAUGGAUUCCCUCUCGAAUUUGUUUCAGCAACAUUUGUGCUGAAAUUUUCAACAACAGAAAGCCUGGAAAUGUACCCACUGCAAAUAUGUUGUUGGUCCAAGAAGCUGAAGAAUCAGAAAACUAGAAGCUGAAAAUGAAGUGAAGAGAAUGUCAGGAAACUUUGUAACACAUAGCGUUACUAGCUGUAGCUACAGUAUUACCAGAAGAAACAUGAUUGUGUCUAAAUGGUUCUAUGUUUUAACAAAUUAAUGGCCUUUUCCAAUACGUAAGAUGCAGAGUUAAAAUCAUUGUUCGUUCUUAACAUUAAUGGAUUUAUUUGUGCUUUUAACGUCUAAAUGUAUAAAUAGUACUUGCACUACAGGUCAAUGAAAUGCUGCAGUCAUUUGUCUUAGUCACUGCUGUGGGUCCCACACCAAUAUCAUUAAAAGUGAUCAGAGCAUUCUUGCACCUGUGACCUGCUUUCAUGAGGGUGAUGUCAGGAUGCCUUUUCCAUUUUUCCUGUUAGUGAUGUAUGUAAGCUACUAGGAAACAAAUGGCAGCCUAGCAGAAACCCAGCACAAUAUGGCAGUGUGUGUUGCCAAGACCGCAACAUCAUCCAGUAGCAUGCAUGACCUAAAUAAUACGGUGAGAGCUGUGCAGCAAGUGCCAUCGUACUAUGAGUUGUUAAAUCUGUCCUUCUG